AUGACACACGAAGGCCUUUUCAGGGUGAAUGGAAAUGUUAAAGUGGUGGAACAGUUGCGGCUGAAAUAUGAAAGUGGCGAGCCGUUGACUUUAUCAGAAGAUGGAGAUGUCUAUUCCGCUGCCAGCCUGCUGAAGCUGUUCCUACGAGAAAUGCCAGAUGGAAUAAUCAGUGCAACCUUGCUUCCCAAGUUUAUUCAGAUAUAUCAAGAGACUGGAAGUGAUACACAAAGAGAGAAUCAUCUAAAAGAGCUGAUCCAUGAAUUGCCAGAUACUCAUUACAGUCUGCUGAAGUACCUCUGCCACUUUCUGACUCAGGUAGUGGAGCGACAUGCCGAAAAUAAAAUGAAUAUCUACAACCUGGCUACUGUGUUCGGACCAAACUGUUUCCAUGUGUCUCCAGGCUUUGAGGGUAUGAAGCAACAAGAAGUAUGCAAUAAGAUUGUG